AUGGACUUCAACAAGGUCACCAAGUGUAAUGGAGGGAUUCCACCUGCUGGCCAGGUGGGUGUUUCCAAGGAGAACUACGCCGAGAGCUGGCUGGCCUGCUGCUGCGGCUCCGCCGGCUGCUCCCUGUGCUGUGGCUGCUGCCCCAAGAUCCGCCAGUCCCGGAGCACGCGCUGCAUGUAUGCGCUCUACUUCAUCCUGGUCGCCGUGCUCUGCUGCGUCAUGAUGUCGCACACCGUGGCCAACGAGAUGCGGCGCCAUAUCCCCUUUUUUGAGGACAUCUGCAAGGGCAUCCGGGCCGGCGACAAGUGCGAGCUGCUGGUGGGGUACUCGGCGGUGUACCGCGUCUGCUUCGGCAUGGCCUGCUUCUUCUUCGUCUUCUGCCUCCUGACCUUGAAAAUCAACAAUAGCAAGAGCUGCCGGGCCCACAUUCACAAUGGCUUUUGGUUCUUCAAGCUCCUGCUGCUGGGGGCCAUGUGCUCGGGGGCCUUCUUCAUUCCGGACCAGGAGACCUUUCUCAAUGCCUGGCGCUAUGUUGGAGCCGUUGGAGCCUUCAUCUUCAUCUUCAUCCAGCUCCUCCUGAUCGUGGAGUUUGCACACAAGUGGAAUAAGAACUGGACCGCGGGCACAGCCAGCAACAAGCUGUGGUACGCCUCACUGGCCCUGGUGACUCUGAUCAUGUACUCUGUGGCCGCCGGAGGCUUGAUCCUGAUGGCGGUGUUCUACACGCAGAAGGACAGCUGCAUGGAAAACAAGAUCUUCCUGGGUGUCAACGGAGGCCUCUGCGUGCUCAUUUCCCUCGUAGCCAUCUCGCCCUGUGUGCAAAACCGACAGCCGCACUCGGGGCUGCUGCAGUCGGGCCUCAUCAGCUGCUACGUCACUUACCUCACCUUCUCGGCGCUGACCAGCAAGCCCGUGGAAGUCGUGCAAGACGUGCACGGGAAGAACAGGAGCAUCUGCGUCCCCGACUUCGGCCAGGACCUGUACAGGGACGAGAACCUGGUCACGGGCCUGGGCACCGCCCUGCUCAUCGGCUGCAUCCUGUACUCAUGCCUGACGUCCACAACAAGGUCCAGUUCUGACGCGCUGCAGGGCCGGUACGCGGCCCCCGAGCUGGAGGUGGCCCGCUGCUGCUUCUGCUUUGCUCCCGACGGGAAGGACACGGAGGAGGCUGGCAGCGUGAAGGAGGGUCCACGCGUCAUUUACGACGAGAAGAGGGGCACGGUGUACAGCUACUCCUUCUUCCACCUGGUCUUCCUGCUGGCCUCCCUCUACGUGAUGAUGACCGUCACCAGCUGGUUCAACUAUGAAAGCGCCAACAUCGAGACAUUCUUCAGCGGGAGCUGGUCCAUCUUCUGGGUCAAGAUGGCCUCGUGCUGGAUGUGUGUGCUGCUGUACCUGUGGACGCUCGUGGCCCCACUCUGCUGCCCCACACGGCAGUUCUCCGUGUGAGGGGCUGCACAGGACCCGCCCUCCAGAAAGUGGCCCUCUGCCCUGGUCUGAGCAGUGCCGGGCCCCCUGCGGAAAGCUCACUGUACCCAUGCCCACCACUCCCCCACUGGCUAGAAUGGGGCUGGGAAACCGCUCACAGAAAAGCACCUCCUGCUCAGCGCCUCACUUCCGAGGUUUUGAAAACAGUCUGUCCCCCAAGGGAAUCGAGACUGUCAGCCAAGCUGACCACACGUGACCCGCGCUUUCUCUGAAUGCCACCCCGGAGACGGCAUUCCGGGGAGCAUGUGGCUUUGGUGUAUUGCCACUCACCAGGGGUUAGCACCUAAGUGGAUGCUCUCUUAUCCUGGGGACAGAAAAACAUGCCCAAACAUCAUACCCCCGGCCCCCAGCCUCCUCUCAGACACACUGGCAUCCACAAAGGGCACAGGAGGCACCCUGUCCAUGGAUGACUGGCCCUGCCACCACGCAGCCUGUUCAGGCCCCCAAGUCUUUCCCUCGGAGGCUGGCGGUGGCCGACUGCUUUCAGCCGCUCCAGCCUCUGCCAGGGUCCCUCUGCUCCUGAAUGUUGAGCACUGCUGUGCUCAUAAAGAGAAGCACAGUGGUGCCACCACCACCCCUCAUGACAGUGGCGCUGCCAUCACCCCUCACGUCAUCUCCCCACGCUGCCCUCCCCCCAUGCUAUCACUCACAGGUCCGAACCUGCGUGGGUUGGUCCCAUGCUCAUUCCUGCUCCGUGUGUGUGUGUGUGUGUGUGUGUGUGUGUGUGUGUGUGAGACAGAGAGAUCGAGAGAGAGAGAGAGAGAGAGAGAGAGAGAGAAUGUGCAGACCCACUCGGCAUGAGUCAGAUGGCGUCCUGCUCGCACACUAGGUGAACCUGGUGCCUCAGUGAACUGGUGAGAGCCCCAGUUCCUGAACCAGGCGGAUAUGGGGGCCUGGGGACAUCGGCUAAGCAAGGGCAGGGUGGAGAUGUUCCCUUGUGUGUCCCCCUCCCCACGCUGCGGCCUGGAUCUCGCCCAGGUGCCCGAAACCAGCAGUGUCACAGCUCCAGGGUCCUCGCCUGGCCGUGUGACAUCCCUUGCUCUGCAGAAAGCCACUCAGGGAAACACAGAGGAAAGGUGGGUGCGGGUGGGCGCCCCUCACAGCUGCCCUCUUCAGCCUGCUGGGAGGCCUGGCGUCCAGCUGCUGUGGCCCGAGUUCUCUGCUGGAAAUACCAGCAGGUUAUCUUGGGUCACAGAUGUGGGUGGGUGGGCUGCCGGGUGUGGGACCCGAGAAGGGACAUCACAGGUCGUUUGUCCGAGGUCAGUCCUUGGGGUUCUGUGCUGUUGUGGUUGGAAAACAUGCCGAGUUUGUGCCAGGUGCCUGGAGUUGCCCUGAGAACAGCAUAUGGUGCACGGGCUGGUGACUGUUUAGAGUAACAAGCUAUUAUUGCCCUUUUGUACCUGAUGGCCUGGGCUUCCUGGGAGUGCCGGCCAGGCCCCUUUAGGGAGGAAAGCCACAAGUGGUGGGUUGUUAUGUUUCGGAGUUAGAGCUCCUGUCUGCCGAUCCACCCUCUUGGUGCUUCCUGCUGCCAGGCUGGGCUGGGGCUAGCCGCACCUAGGACGGGAGAGCUCAGUGCAGGCUCCCUGAGCUGGCAGGAAGCUGGCCAGAGCCAGGGGUGCCCCCCUCUGGCAUGGGACGGGGACAUGGUGACACCCCCUCCUGCUGGUGGUUUUAAGGGCUGUGUGUGUGUGUGUGUGUGUGUGUGUGUGUGUACGCUCUGUGCCAUUCAUCUGAGGGGGCGGAAUGUUCCCCCUCUGAGUCUCAACAAUGAAGAAAACACUAAGCUUGGGUCUGGGGCUCCUUCCUGCUCCCUGGCUGGGGGUGCAGACCAGCUCCUGUCAGAGCCUUCAGGAGGCCUGCUGUCCUGGCCUCCUUGAGCUUUGCUGUUGGUUUUCUGUCCUCGCAGUUUCUGGGGAGAUUGGCUGGAGGUGACCGGGCAGCAGCCUGGUGGUGGCUUGCUGUGCAGCAGGAGGCCAUGUGCGUGGGCCCUGGGCUGCCGCCUCGCAUGGGGAGUGGCUCAGGGGCAUUCCCGGUUCAUUUGGCCACCUCAGGGA